CGCACCCAGAUUUCUCUGUACAUUUGUAAGAUUUAUUUAUUUAUUUGUUUUAAAGUUUGACGAAAAGUAUUUUCUCCCUGCAGAUGGUGUUUGUCAGUAGCUGGCGUCCACAGGUGGAUUGACAAAUCUUUUAAUUUUGUGUGAGAACCGAAAAUUGCUGAGAAACUGAAGUACGGAGCUGACUUAACUUUUGCUGUGGGUUCCUGUUGGCAUGGAGAUCUGAGUAGACUCGGAUCUGCUCCAGCGUUGCUGUCAUUCUGGAAAAACCUGCUUUGUUUGGCAGCACUCAAACCUAACCUUUCAGCUGCCAAUAAUAAACGCCUGACUAGCUUUCUUCUCGCUAGUUGCUGUGAUAUUGCAGUGAGACAGCUGGAGUUACGUCCUUUUGGAUAGAUAGUCUUGUCAACAGCAUGGCUGAGCCUGCUGAACUGCUGGUCAUUAAGGAUCAGUAUGAGCUGGCCCAACAAUCCAUGAACCAUGGAUCAGCGGCUCAGGAAGCUGACAACAAAUCAGAAGCUCUGGUGUAUUACAAGAAGAGUCGUCUGCAUCUUCGUCAAGGACUGGAGGUUCCUACUGGAGGGGAAAGGCAUCAAGGAGAGGUCUGGGACAAGGCUAGGCAGCUUCAGCAGAAGAUGAAGGAAAUGUUAGGGACUAUCGACACCCGCCUGUCUGAUCUGGAAAAGUCCACACCAAGGGACAAACACUUACUGUCCAAAUUUUCUACUCCUCUUUACCCAGACUUGGUAAUUAACAGUCAGCCCACCAAUAGUUCUGUCCUCCAUCUGUACCCUACCAUACCAGAUACAACCCACAGCACAACACCAGCCCCCAUCAGUCCUAUUUUCCCUGCUGUCCCAAACACACACACACUCCCUGCAGCUGAUCUGGAAACUGUGGCCAUGGAUAGCUCAACAGACCUUCCUCCAGCAUACACUCCAAAGCCAAUGGAUGGGCACCGCAGCCUGGCUUACGAUCCUGCCGGAGGCGGCCUCUGGUCAAGGGAACCACCAGAUGGGAAGGAGCUGCUCUCCAUCCCCUCCGGGGUACAGCUGUUCUUUGUCGAACCAAACGGUCAGGUCAGCUCUCUGUCCUCUCCAGGCUACCUCCGUGUCAUCACAACGGAUAAUGAACAAAGUGAUCGCAGUGCUGGAAAACCCUCUGGAUUUUUACAUGUGUGUGAUCGCCUGUAUCCCCUGUCAGCAGACACCCCGGUGCUGCUGGCCAACUCUGGCAUCUACAUGUUCCCCGACUGCUUGGCAGAGUUACCCGGCUCCUAUGUGGGUUUAGUGCUGUCGUCUGAACUGCCUGCUGCGGACUGUGAGAUGUUUCAGGAUGUUCUAUCACAGCUUGCUGAUCUCAGGAUCCAGGGAACAGAAGGAGCUGAAGGAGAGGUCAUGAACUUGACUGAUAAAAUUCCCCUGAGUCCUCCGCAUGAGCAAACAGAUCAAAUGGUACCAGAGGGGGAAAAGGUAACACUUCUACUUCCUGGAUGGAGUGAGAAGAUGGCUCAAGGAAUUUUGUCUGGAGCUACAAAAUUGAGUCAGUCAUUUGCAAAAGGAGCAGAGGCCACUGGGAAUAUCAUUCAGAAAGGAGCAGCCAAGAUCCGGGACCGCAUCACACCAGAGGAGACCCCAUCUGAGGUCAGUCCACAGGUCACCAAAGGUCUGAAUGCUACCAAACAAGCCACCGGGGGCGCUGUUCGAGUCAGUAAAUUCUUAGUGAAUGGCAUAAGUACAAUUGCAGGACAUGUGGCAGAAAAGGUGACACCUCAUGUGAAGAAGCACGGUGCUAAGCUGGUCCCAGAGUCUCUGAAAAAAAGUCAGGAUGGCCAGGCUUCCAACUUCGAUGGAGCCAAGUUUGUAGCAGCCAGCAGCAUACAAGGUUUAAGCACAGUUUGGGAAAGUCUAGAGACUGGAGCAAAACACGUCUGCAAAAGUGUUGCAACUGAAACUGUCACAACAGUAAAGUACAAGUACGGCAAUGAUGCGGGCCAAGCCACAGAUACAGCUCUCCGCUCAGUGGGCAACAUUGGUUUGACUGCACAUAAUAUUGACAAUCUGGGCCUCAAAGCCAUCCUGAAGACUACUGGCAAGGAGACGGCCAAGGCCAUGGUUAAAGAAUCUGACGAUGAGGUAAAGGAAACCGAAGAGAGUAAGAUGCAAAAUGACAAACAUCUCACACAAGCUGAGAAGGGGGUGGAAAUGAAAGAAGAGGCACCAGAAAAGACAAAGGAUGUGAAUAAGGAACAAGAGGGAAAGAAGGAAGAAUAAAUUUCUACUAGACCUAGUGCUUUGUUGUCAUACAGUAUAAAUUAAUGGUGUAUUUAAAUGAAUAUAUUAAAGUAUUAUAAUAAACUCGAUUUUAAGUGUU